UUUUCUACUACAUGUAUAAUUAUAUAAAUUGUACUUACCAAACACUUAAUAUUUCUGGAAAGAUAGUUUUACUAGAUGUCAGUACUAUAAAUCUAUUGUUGAUGAUGAGUAUCUUGAUGAAUUUCUUGAACAAUGCUUGACUGGUCUACAUGCAUGUACCGUAUAUUAUACAUGUAAAUGAAACUUGAAGCUUCCAAACUCUUCUUGGAUCUUAGAUUUAUUAAUUAUCACUCUUGGGCACCAACUAUAGUCAACCCCUUGUGGUUAUGGACAAACAACUUAGCUUGAACCCUUUGAUAACAUCUUGUUGUUUGAAUGAAAGUUUGAAUUUCUAAUUAGUGUAUAAUUAGUUACAUCAGUAAUCUGUCAUUUAUAUCAAAGGCAAAGAGCCUGUUUCAUUCAUUCUUUGAAACAAGAAACAAAAUGGAGAUGUGUAUAGAUUUUGAUGAAUUCUUUGCAAAAUAUGACCUUGGAAGUUUGAAAGAAAAGUUUCUAGAAAAUGAAUUUUCAAGUUUUUUGGCAUUGACUGAGGUUUCAGAUGAUGAUCUUAAGGAAAUUGGUGUGAAGGCAAUGGGCAAAAGAAAACAGUUUCUUGCUGCAAUCAAAGAUGUUACCAGAAAAUCUUUGCAGGUGGAGAAUAGGAUAAUAGAUGUUGCCAACAAAUCCAAGACAGAAUUUCAUCAGGAUAGAAUUGAUACAGUUGUUGACAUUGAAAUGCCAAAACUAAGUGAGCCUAAACCAAGAUCCAAUGAACCACCCUCUAAGAGAAGACUUGAUGUUCAAUUUGAAGAAGAUGAAUUUUCCUGUACACCUAAAAAGCAGUCUGGAAGUACAAGCAGCACACCAAGCUCAAGUUUAAAAAAUUGGUUGGUUUCUCCAAUUAAUCCAGACAAGAUAUUGGAAUCAAAGAAAAUCCAUCUGUAUACAGAAGUGGAGGUAAAAAAAGUGUAUGGGCUAAGAAGAAAAAAAAUGGAAUUUAUGAACAAUAAACUGAGAGAACUCAUGAAAGAUCCUAAUAUAAGAGCUAAAAACAAGACAAUUAUAAUGGGAAUGGCAGAAGUUUCAUGGGACCAUUUUAGUGCAAUAGAUGCAAAGAUAGACAUUAUACAGGUUGACUCAUUGAUGAAGGCACUAGAAAACAGAGGCUCUAAAUAUAAUGAAAAACAAACUAAGACAAUAAAAAAAGAUUCAGAGAGAUUGAAUAGAGCCCAGAGCGACAUAAAAGUCCAGCUACACAGGAUUAAGAUGGCAAAAGAAACUUCCUAUUCAAGUGAACAGGAAAAGUUCUCCAGAAUAACUCAGAAUGAAGAGGAGCUCGUAAAAAUGCAGCAUGAGCUUCAGAAAGCCACUGAUGCAUUAAGGAAGGCUUGUGGGGUGAAAAUUCUGGAAUUAAGUCAAAUUCUCCAGUCUUUGGAAGAAAAAGAAGCAGAGGACUCAAAUACAUUUCUGUUUUCUCAAGAAUCAACUGAUGAGGAAAUUGAGGAAAAUAUUAUAAAUGACAUGAAAAACUCUUGUGAAGGUGUUAAUGUCAGUGAUGAUAACGAAUAGAAAAAUUAUUUGAUGUACAUGUAUACAUAGGGGAAAUUAAAAAAGUUCCCAUAAGGGCAAUAAGUUUUAAUGAAAUGAAAUAGCUGGGAUUUUAAGAAACCUAUUAAAUAUAUAUAUAUAUAAAGAGGAAGGUGUAAAAUUAGCUUAAAAGCCCCUUUUAAAAAAGUAAUUUACAUUCUUAAGGGAGCACCAUGGACUAAUCCACAACUCCCCCCCCCCCUUUUGUUGUCAAAUUUUACAGAGAUUUGCUCCACUGUUGCCUGUCCCUCUUAUGAAUUUAUAGAUUUACAAAAUUGUGUGUGUCCUCUUAAGAUUCAUGAUAGAUGAUAUAUUUAAACAUAACCUCUCUGCCCAAGUGUUUGAAAUAUAAAACUUGUUUUGAUUAGACAUAUGUUAGAUAAGGGAAUCUACUUGUACAUUAUUUAAGCUGUGGAGAAAUAUGUUUCAAAUUUAUGUUAAAUAAUAAGUUUUAUUAAUUGAAAUUUUAUCUUGGAACUCCUUCCCCUAUUUAUUUUCUUUCAAAUAAUUUAUGUUUUGUUUGAAGCUUUGAAAGAGAAUAAAGUAUGUCCUUGAUGGUUAUCGUUUAAAUGGGUAAUGAUUGUAAAAUGUCAAUUGGACCUUUUCUUGAAUUUGGUCAAAACAAAAUCUACUAAAGAGUAAACCCUGACUGCUGAAUUAAUAAAAUUUGCACAUACAGAUUUUUUUAAAGUGAAGACUGAAGGUUUUUCAUAUAUAUUAUAAAACACUCAUUAAUAAAUAACCAGCUUUAUAACAGAUUCGUGUAUCCAAAUUUGAAAGGUUUAAAGUUGUUUUUUUCAUUACUGCAUGGUUAUUAAAUUUGUAUAUUUGUAUAUAUGGUUUCA